AUGACCAAACCAUCUCUCGUUGACCCCGAUCCUAAGGAUUCCUCCCUGGAUCAAACUUCCAGCGAUGGUUCCCAGAAGAAGCCCGGCCCUUCAUUCGAAAGGGGCUUUCGCUUCUGGAUCAUCAUUGCGACGCUGUGUGUCAUAGGUAUCCUCAGUUCCCUCGAAAACACAGUCGUGACCACCUCCUUGGCCUUCAUCGUGACAGACUUGAAUAUGGGCGGAAACUACAUCUGGGUGACCAAUGUCUUCUUCCUCACCAGUGCCGCUGUUCAGCCGCUAUUUGGCCAGCUAGCCAACAUUUUCGGCCGUCGCUGGAUCACCCUGUUCAUCGUCUCCCUCUUCACUCUCGGCAGCGGAAUCUGCGGUGGAGCCACCAGCGGUGCCAUGCUGAUUGCCGGCCGUGCUGUCCAGGGCAUGGGAAGCGGCGGAAUCAACAUGAUCGUGGACAUCAUCGUAUCCGAUCUCGUGCCCUUGCGCGAACGCGGCAACUACGUCGCCUUUGUCUUGGUGGUGUACUUCGUUGGCACGGCACUGGGACCCUGGAUUGGCGGUGCGAUCGUCGACAACUCCUCCUGGCGAUGGGUCUUCUACAUCAACCUACCGGUCGGCGGCGUCUCCUUGGCCAUGAUCUUCUUCUUCCUCCACGUCCGAACGAGCAAGGAGAUGAGCUUUCUCCAGAAGAUCCGUCGCAUCGACUAUAUCGGGAACGUCGUCCUCAUCGCGUCGACCGUGUCCGUGCUCUUCGCCCUCACCUACGGGGGGACCAAAUACGACUGGUCAUCCUGGCACAUCGUCGUCUCCCUCGUUAUCGGUCUGGUAGGGUUAUUCAUCUUCGUCGCCCUGGAAAACUCCCCCUGGAUCCUCGAACCCGUCGUCCCGCCACGCCUGUUCAGCAACCGCACCUCGGCCACCGUCUUCGCAGCGACCUUCCUCAACUCCGCGCUAUUAUACUGGGUGAUGUUCUUCCUACCGGUAUACUUCCAAGCCGUCCUCGGUUCGUCAGCAGAGCGAUCCGGCGUGCAGCUCCUCCCCAUCAUCGUAGUCGCGGUGCCCGCCGCCAUCGUUGCCGUCCUAAUCCUAGCCAAAUACGGACGCUACAAGCCCCUCCACCUCAUCGGCUUCGCAGUCUGCACCAUCGGACUGGGCCUCUUCACUUUCUUCGACCGCAAAACCAGCACCGCUGAAUGGGUCAUCUUCCAGAUGAUCGCGGGCGGAGGAUCGGGGUUCGUGCUCAACACCCUCCUCCCGGCGACUCAGGCGGGGCUGACGGAGGCAGACCAGGCGGCCGCGACAGCGACGUGGUCCUUCAUCCGCAGCUUCGGAAAUAUCUGGGGCGUGGCCAUCCCGGCAGCCAUCUUCAAUAACCGGUUCGAGCAGCUGUCCGGUCGGAUCCCGGACGCGCAGGUGCGCGAGCUGUUGUCCCGCGGUCGGGCGUACGAGUCGGCCUCCGCCAGCUUCAUUCGGUCGUUUGAUCCGGCGCUCCGAGACGAUAUCAUUGCCGUGUAUGUCGGCGCGCUGAAGCGCGUGUGGCAGAUCUCGAUCGUCUUCUCGGGCGUGGCGUUCCUGCUGGUGUUCCUGGAGAAGGAGAUCACGCUGCGCACGGAGCUGGAGACGGAGUUUGGGCUGGAGGCGAAGCAGGAAGAGAACGUGGAUCUGGAGAAGUAG